CUUGUAAAUCAGAAGAAGAAGAAGGAGGAGGAAGAAGAAGCGGCAAAAACAAGUGAAAGAAAGAGAACAGUCUUGUGUGUAAAGCUUCGUUUUCAUUCAGACUCUGGAGAAAUCCCGACCUCUAACCUGCUUUGGUCAUCACAGAGGUGAAGGUAAGCGAGUGUGUGUGUGUGUGUGUGUGUGUGUGUGUGUGUGUGUGUGUGUGUGUGUGUGUGUGUGUGUGUGUGUGUGUGUGUGUGUUUCGCCUGCUGUAAACUCAGUUGAAAAUACGAAAACUACCGCAAACCCAGUGGAAAAUGUGCAAUGAUACUUAACAUCCGCAGCUUUACAGAUAAUUACGGUAACUUGUUAGUUUUUUAUUAUUGUCUUCAAGGGACUUUUAAAGUGUUAUGUUUGUUGGAAAAAAAAUGAUUAUAAUUAUAAUUGUAUUUUUAUAGCACUUUUAAAAACAGAAGUUUACAAAGUGCUUUGACAAACAGUCAUAAAGCACAAAUAAAUGAAAAUAAAAAAACAGAAGCUCAGCUAAAAACCUCUGAACUGAAGGACAAUUUAAUUUGUUAUAAGGAACCCAGACAGUACAAGAACCGUACAAUGUAAAAUGAGACCAUGAGGACCAAAAUAAAAACAUAAAAUAGGCAAGAAGAAGAAAUGUAAUAAAAAAGGGGUUAGAAAGCAGAAAACAGGACAGGAAAUAUAAAAAAAGAUUAUAUAAAUAAUUAUAAUAAAAUCAUAUCAAAAUACUUAAGAUGGUUAUAGUAAUGAUAAAAUGGAAUAACAAAAAUGAGCAGGAAAAAACAAUAAAAUCAAUUAAAGGCCUAAAAGGUUAAAUAAGAAAGAUUAUAAAUAAAACAAAGGCUAAAAGGACAGAAAGUCGAUAAAUGAAUAAAUAGAUUAAAAAGUCAUUUACUGUCCUGGACAUCUUUUAUUUCUCUAACCGAACAUCAGCUCAGCUUUUAUCACUAGUCCUCAGAUUAAAACAUGUAACAUCAUUCAUGAACUGACAGCGCCACCUACUGGCUUAAUGAAAUACUACCUGAUCAUCACCUGAAGGUCUGUCAUUCUGAACUCUAGCGGACUCGUUUGAUCCAGAACCGUUCCCAAGAUCCUGUGUUAAAGCUGGACCUUGUUCAUAAAGUGUUCAGAAGCCCCUGUGUUUUAAAGUCUGAAAAAUAUUAAAAUAUGGAUGAUAUAAAAUAUAAUCUCUUGUUUUUAGGCUGAAUGAAUGAAUGAAUGAUUGUUCACCCGCUGUGUUUAUGAUGAAGUGUGUACAGGAGUUUGACCCUGGUGUGCACCCGCCCGUCCGUCUGUCACAGAGCGUUUUGGCGCACAGUGAAAGUGUAAUUGUUAUUUUGCUCGUAACGGUUUGGUUUCACACCUAGAUCUCACACUCUGUGUAAAUAGCAGGUGAAAUCGCGCUCAAGUGGGCGCCUGUGGAUGUAGUGGUCGCACUCAAAGGCGCCUCAGACCAACCAAAACCUGGUCUCAAGGUUAGGAGGUACUCUGCUGAUCUUUAGAAAACAUCAGUAUCGGUAGGUCAACUUUUUUAAAGAUCGGUGAUCAGUGAUAGGCAAGAAAAUGUUGAUUUUGUGAUAAUAAGAUAGUAAUGAUUCAUGUUAAACUGAGAGGUUAACCUCAAGACCCUCCAAAAAACAAACCUUUUUAGUUGUUUUUUUUAUUAAUCAAUUAUUUAUUUUAAUUAGACCCAGAAUCCUCAGCCUACAGAUCAGUGUCCUGUAAAUACUGUAGAUGACUUUAUUAAAUCAGACUUUAUUCCAUUUGAUCCCAGCAGCAGCAAUAAUCAGGCUGAGCGGAGGCGGAGGAUCCUGACGUUUAUCGUUUCACUUCCAUUAUGACAGCAGACAGCUCGGGGUGAACGGCGACACUCUGUGACGCCAAAGGCAGAUUGUUUUAUAAUGAGACCGCUCACUUCCUCAUUGCACAAUAACUGACAUUGAUAAUAAUGUGGAGAUCUUCCCCUAACUGCAGCAGGAAACAAACACUCUAACAAACGUCAGAAUGUCCACAUUUACACAAUAACCAGUUUCCACAGAGGAAUCAUCAGUCUGGAUCCAAACGCUCACUGUGAAUUUCAGUCUUUUAAUCAACGCCCAAAAACUCCUUAUUGUAGCUUUAAAAGUCUGACUUUGAGUGUGGCCUCAAAGGUUUUUUUUUUUAUAAGGUUCUUUAUUAAAGGGAUAUUCCGGCGUAAAAUUAAUUUAGAGUCAAACACACAAUAACACCGAGUUAGACACCCCCUGUGUGGUGUUACAGUGUGUUUGACUCUAAAUUAAUUUUACGCCGGAAUAUCCCUUUAAUAAAGAAAGGGAUCCAGUUGUUAAUUAGUAAAGGUCUGAAUGAAGGAUAUCUAAAUCCUGAAAAACUGGCUCUCCCUCCUUCUCUGUUACUGAGAACUCUUUGUUUGUCACUCUUGGUUUUGUGGUUCCUUGUUUUUUCUUUCGCUUUCACACGUGGUUUACUUUAUUUUCGACCGUUUCUCUUCCUGCAGGACGUGUCUUUUUUGCACACUGAGCUGUCUCUUUGUAAACAACUCUGUUUCUUUCUGUUUUUGUAAUAAAUGCUGUAUUUAGAUGAACACCUGAUAAUCUAAUAACAGAGUAUGAACUUUUCUCUCUGCAGCGUCUGGUUUAGUUUGUGGUUUUUCUUGUGUAUUUCAGAAGCAGCUGUUCGGCUUCUGUGGAACUGACGGGUUUGAGGAAAUGCUUGAAUAGCUGCACACUACGGCCCGCCGAAAUGUCCAUGAUGCUGACUCUGGAUGUGAAGGUUAAUUUUGAGGUUUUUCUUCCUUUCUCAGACACAGACGAUUCUCCUCUCUGUCUUUCAGUGUGUCCUGGUCUCUUACGGGGUCUUUCUUCACACUCAGACACAACAAACACGAGCUCCACCUGACACCACUGUCUCCACCUUAAUAAACUCGGUUUAAAUUCACUGUACUGUGUGGUCGUUAUUCAGAGUCUCACUGGGUUGCUGUGAUAUCAGAGAGGGGGAUUGUGGGUAUUCAUGUGGGUGCAGUAAAAUCACUUCUCCACUAGGUGUCCAUGAACCACAAUUUUCCUUUUUUUCUGUUGGAGUAAAAACAUAAAAUCCUCCAGUUUGUGAUAUUUAAGAAGGACGUACAUUUAUGAUUAAAGACUGGAGGGUUAAAGCGGACGGGUAAGAUGAGGAAGACUCUGAAACGGAGGGUCUUCAGGUUUUCACUUUGAAUCAUUUACGGAUCCAGCAGAGCGGUUUUCGAUCUUUAUUUUACCUGAAGUUUCUGUCUCGUCCUUUUUGUGGUAAUCCGCAUUAGCAGGUCAGUCCUUCAGCUUUUGCGACUAUUUAAACAUUAUUCAGGGUUCUUGUUGUUUUAACAAUUGUGUCAUUUAUUUUCUGCCUUUCUUGAAAAUUGAGUUUUAUUUAUUAUUUGUAUUAUUAUGGUAGAUCUUGGCCUCUAUUGCUCUGGUGCUCAAGGCCUGUUCUUGUGCCACCAUGAUGAGUGCCUCUGUGCCGUCCUUCAGUCCAGCCCUCUCCAGCCAUAUAUAUAUAUAUAUAUAUAUAUAUAUAUAUGUAUGUAUACAUGAAAUAUUUAUUGAGUAUUUCAAUUAUCUUUAUUAAAUUUCCCUGCGGGGAUCAAUAAAGUCAUUCUUAUUCAAUAUUAGUAACCAAUUAUUACAUAAGCUAGCCCAACAAAAUACUGAAGCAACAUGCAGAAUGACUUUAUCUUGUUGUCAACAGUAAAAUUAUGGACGAGUUCAGCUGAACAAAUGAAGUGUUCUGAGCAUGUGCAGAACCUCUUUCAUAAACAUCAGUCACUUCAGGUCAUCAUCAAACUUAUGACAACAUAAUAAUAAUAAUCACAUUUUAAUGACCAUACUGUUGUUUCACAUUCAUUUUGACUGUUAAUUUCAACUUAACUUUUUUAUUUAUUUAUUUUUUAUUUGUUUAUUUUUUUAUUAAUUUUAACUUUUUUUUAAAAGGUGAUUUUACUUCAAAGAUAAAAUCAUUUUCACAGUUUUUUUGCUCUUUGCAUUAAAGAGAACUAGAUUUGUCUUUUUUAAUAAAAAACACUCAGAUGUGAAAACGCCGUGAACACCUGCAGACGUGCACACACACAAGCUCUGCUAGUAGAUCACGUGAUUUUCUGUAAGUCAGGGAUCUUCAGUGUCUGCAGAACCGACCCUGCAGGUUCAGGACCGCAGCUCUGGGACCGGGUCUCCCCUCAGGUCGUGUUUUUGCUGCAGGUCUGAAGUUUCUGUUGGAUUUAAAUGACUUAAAUCAGCACUAAUGCAGACCUGAUCCAGGACUAUCACAGAGGACCAGGAUCUCAGACAUGCGGACCUGAGUCUGCGGACACGGGUCUGCAGACCUGUGAGACCGAAACCGAAAGCAACUCGUGAACUCCUGAGUCAAUAACUGAUAUCGAUGAAAGUGUGUCAACGUGCGCGAGCCGUGUUCUGUAACUCCUCCUCCCUGAUUGGCGGAGAGCAGCGCGAGGGUUAAAAUGUUCGAUUAUCAGGAGGGUGAUCGAACCGCAGGCCCCGCCCCCUCCCUCCUCCCCACGGUCACAACUUGAACUGAAAGUAAAAAAUAUUAGAGUUGAAGAGGAACCUCAGCUGAGCGGACCAGGGCCAAGACCCGGACCAGGACUGACUGUGACAGGAGGAUUCUGGUGAGUGAAUGAAGGGCUCAGUCAUUAAUUAGUCAUUCAUUCAUUCAUUCAUCAAUUAUUAACUAUCACGGAGGUUUCUGUGCGACUUUAAAACAGACAAACGGGUCUCACUCAACAGGUAGAAAACAAAUCCAACUUUUAUGUGAAGUUUUAACACAAGUAAUGAAUUAAAGGGUAGACCCGUUUUUAACGUGUUUAACCCUGAACUGAAGAGUAUAAUUGUGUCAUGUUUGUACAUACAGAACAAAGUUAAUUCCCUGUUUGUGUGACAUAGCUAAGUUUCAAGAUUUAACAUGAGUUUAUUUGUCAUGUUGAGGUUCAACAAGGUCAACACUGCUGUGAAAUGUCCUGGAUGAGAGGACCAGUAAAGACACACAAGUACUGAGAGGAAUACCAUAAAAUAAGGAUGCAAGAAAAGAAUAUUAAAGAGGAUUAAAGUAUAAGAGAAAUAUUUACAAAAUGCAAGUAAAAAAGAGAUAUAUACAAAGUGAACAAAUGAUGCAGUAGGUGAUGAGUGUGAAUGUAUGAAAUGGAAGAUAAGUCGGUGAAUAAAUGAGGUAUGAAAAUUGCCAUACUGCAUAUGAUAAAUAGCUGAUUCUGAUUCUAGUUUUCCUUUUAAAUAUUAGAUUUUUCUCCUUUUUGCUUCGUUUCCUUCACAUCACAAUCUUUGUAUUUAAUUAUUUUUCAAUAAGGUCAAAUUUCUGAGUUAAUUUUCUGCCCUGUCCUGCUCCUUUAGCUCUGCGAUGUCGGAGAGUGAAAUCGACCCCGUUGUACCACAAUGGAUGUGCAGCCCUGAAGAAUAGAAGCCUUUAUUUUCCAGGUAUGUGUGCUCGGACUGGAGGUUUCACUCUGAAUGUAGGCCACAGAAAAAAAAUAUGAAAACAGGACGACAAACCUGAAAACUUCCCAAGAGGGAAACAGGUGUUAAUAAAAACAAGAAAGUAAAAGUUUAAAGUUUAUCGGGACACGAAGAGCGGACCUUUGUCUUCAUGAAAGUGAAGCCUGGUUGUCCUGAAUAAAACAGGGUUAAAGCUUCUGUGAGGACUUCUCCAACAUCAGACUGAAAGUCCAGCUGAUGCUUCUUUAUGUAACCCAGAAGUGACAUGAUUUAUGGCUUUUAUAUUGAUGAUGGGAGUGAUCAUUUCCUUCACGGGGCGCUUUAAGACAUCAGAUUUAACAUUUAAUAAGGAUCCCAGUGAUGUGAUACUUACGCACUGAAUAGGAGAUUUUACCAACAUGGUGAAAUACUUAAGUCAAAUAGAUGAAGCCAAAGAAAUGUCAUUAUUUUGACCUUUAGCGGUGAAAUUGAUCAUUUAAUGAGAAUAUUUGUAGUGAUAAAUGUAAAAUCAGCUGUUUGUUUGUGUCGAUAUUUCAUGAAAAGGCAUAAAUAUAAAUGUUUAAGUCACAGAUGUCAGAAAACUCCUGACAGGAUUUUUAACUAAAACAUAGAAAGUCUGCCAAGGCCUCUUUAUUCCUCUUUGUUUGUCAGUGUGAAACUUUACUUUUUUUUUUUUACAAACACUUUGCAUUGGAGAGUAUCUUUAUCAACCACAUCUGUCUUUACCCAGAACUUCUGCAUUUUCAGAAACAACAGUUAUACGCUGUUGUACACGCACACUCACAUUUUUUUCAUAAUCAACACAGAGAUAAAAUCCAGAUUUUUCUCUUUUUCUUCCUCUUCUGUGCAGCGUGAAUGAGAAAGUGAAAGGAUUCCUCUUACAGUUCAAACAUCCGCUCUUCCCAGUAAUACACUUUUAGAGUCAGUCACGUGACCUUUUAUUCUCUUUUACAGAAACACACACACACACACACAGAGAAAACACACUUGAUAAGAUAUCACAACACUGCACUUAAGCCAUAAAGCAGUGACUGACAAAUAUUCAAAAGGAAAGGUUAAAUCUGUGCCCUCAUAGAGACAGAAACUGAUGUGAUUUUAUUGAUAUUACGCUUUAAUCGAUCAGCUGUAAUCCAUAAUUCGUGUAUUUAUUGAACAAUGAUGCCCUUUUGGUUGAAAACGAGUAGGCUUGCACAAAUCUGCAGUGAGACCUCAUUUUUGAAACAACGACUAUUUUGGCUUAAAGUCAUUUUUGGAUGAGUUCAACCAACGGUGGUGGUAGUACUGUUAUUAUUAUUAUCAUUAUUAUUAUUAAUAUUUAUUAUUAAUAAUAAUAAUUAAUUAAUAAUUAUUUUACCAUUAUUUAUUCAUUGUUAUUAUUAUUUUAAAAAAAUAUUUCUUUUUUUUACCAUUGUCAUAACUAUUAUUAUAAUUGUGGUUGACAUUUAUUCUAAUUAUUUUUAUUAUUAUUAUUAUUAUCAUUGUUAUAAUUAUCAUUAUUGUUGUUGUUGUUGAUAUUUAUUAUAAUUAUUUUCAUUACUAUUUAUUUAUUUUAUUUUUAUUAUUAUUAUUAUUAUUAUUAUUAUUAUUAUUAUUAGUAGUAGUAGUAGUAGUAGUAGUAGUAGAAGUAGUAGUAGUAGUAGUAGUAGUAGAAUUGUUAAAUUUUUGUCAGGCCCAGAUAAUCACGCAGGUUUCCCUCAUUUAGGAUGACAUGGAGGUCAUGGUAAACAGUUGUCAAACAGGCUUACAUAUUUAUAGAUACAGUUGAUAAACAGAUAUUAAUAUUUAACAUAAAAGAGGAAUAAAAAGCAAAAUGUGAAAUCUGUCAUUCUAACAGACAAGAUUAUCAAAUGCCUCUGUGCUGCCCCCCAGUGGCCAGAAAAGUUUUUUGUAAAUAGAAUAAUAAUCGCUGCAGAUAAGUGGAAAUUCUGAUUUUGUGUUUUUUAGCUGAUGAAAAGUCCCUCAGAUGUCCGAGCAGACCCAGCCGCUACAUCCCCAAACAUGGACUCUGGAAAAGGACUGAGCUGCUGCUGCUGAUUUCCUAAAGGUGCUCAGAGAUGGAGAACCUGUGGGUGAAAAGUGGAGGACAUGGUGCAACAGGCAGACAUGAAAAAGACUCGUUUUUGUAGGAUGGUAAAAGACAAUCCUAUUCAAUCAGAAGUUCAGAGCCAGGAAGCAAACCAAGAAGCUGAGAGCCAAAAUCAAGGACCAGAAAGACCUGCAGGAUCUGAACAAGGACAGAGUCCAGAGAAGAAUAAACCAGACCGCCUAGAGCUGAGAGAGCAGCAGUUUGAUUUACUGCGCUGGAACAAACUCUACUUGGGCGAAGAACCCGACAUCUGGCGCCAGGUAAAGAAAUCAAAGUUUACUCAGGGUGACUCACAGUCUGGAUUUAACAGAUGGUAAUAAAAACAUCAAACAGCAGGUUUUACAAUGAGCUCUGGAAUUAAAACCAAACAUGUGAGAGAACAGACUCAUUGACUAAAACCAGUUAAACAGCAUCUUACAAAACCAACCAUCAUCUAUGUGGAGUGAAUGAGUGGAAAUGAUAAUAACCUCAUUUAAAGGUGGAGUAGUCAGGAUCUGAGGAAGUUGUAGUUUUUACGAGAAAUCUUGAAUGUAAACUCUACCCCUCCCAACCAGUUUUCCCCUAAGCUCCUUCUCCAUCAAGCCCCGCCCACAAACAGGCGCUCCUGCUCGCUCAUAUCGUUCCAAUUAAAUUCAGAUAUAAUGCAGAUAAAUACUUCAGAUCAUUACAAAUGGGGCCCAGUCAAGGUGAAAGUCAAAAGCAUUGGUGCUACUGUAGAUGCCAACAGACUACCAGCAAACACAAUGUUUGCAGGACUUCUACAACCAGGAUAAAGUGACAUAGUCCAGGACCCGAGGGAGGACAGUUUAGCGAUGGCGCUACAACACGCUACAGCAGGUCCGUUUGACAAGAAGCACUUCUGUUACAGACACUUGUCUUACUUUGUUAAAGCGGUUUACCUGUCCAGCAGAAAGGUUACAGGGUCACCAAGAUCCCCAAGCGUCCCCCAUCGUUUAUGUUGACCCGGCUUUUUAGCUCUUGUCCGGUCUACCUCCGUUUUAAGCACCCGUUAUUCCUCCAGAGUCUCCGGUAUUUACUUUGUUUUCUUGCUUGUGUCGGCAGUCGUGGCCGAAGGAGGAUUCAGACAAUUUUCCGAACUUUCUGGUUGGUUUCUACUGUCUGAUAUUGUAACACGCUAACUUUGUUUGGGCUCCUGAAUGUUAUUCGAGGACGUGGAGCAUGCCUCAUAACCAAUCAGGUUAGAGGAGGUGGAGAACGACUUUGUUUACAGUCAGAAAGAGCGGACCGCUCAAAAAUGUUAAAACGUUGACUACACAGACAUAAGAGAACACAGAGAUAUCAUUAUAUAAUCAAAUGUCAUCAAUAACUAAUAACUAAUUGACUGAUAUUAAAAGCUUUUUUGUAUAUAAACCACAAAAAAAAGAUGCUUCUUUAACGGAUUCCUGCCUACCUCACCUUUAACUACAGCAAUAUUGAAGCUCUUCUUAGUAACUUUCAGUUUAUGUUGAUUCUGGCGCCCCCUGUGGACAAAGCAGUCUUUGCUAAUUUUGCCUUGUUUGUGUUUAGAUCUCUAAUGGCAAAAAAUCUCAUCCGGCUGACUUUUCAUGACCAAAUAUUACUGUACUGUAUAAUCUCUAAUCAAUACUUAAAAUGUUAUCAGAUUUUAUAGGUAGAAGAUGACAUUUUAUUGAUCAUCAAUCAUCCUAAAGGUAUAAAUUAAAUGUUGAGAAAAUGGAAAUAAGUUCCUGAAGCUGUUUCUCUUGAGCUGCAGCUGCCUGUUAAAUUAGAUCCAGGAAGCUUGUCGGAGAGUUUCUGAUUGAACGAUAAAUCUUUGUUCAGAAGCGGGCGAUAAAAACUGUAACUCAUAAACUCCCGGUGGUUCUUCAGACCUGAAAGUACCUGCAGGUCUCCUAUAUUCUGUCUUUGGAGAGGUUCGCAUUCAGACCUCUCUGCCUGAGAGCCCUCAGGAAGGCCUCAGGUGUUGUUGUAGACAGAGUGAUAAAAUGGUCCAGAAGGCUCUCUUUCAGGACACUGCUGGUCCUGGUCCUGGUCCCUGUCAAAACAAUAGAUUAUUUUAGUAAAAACAAGAUCUCCUCUGAAGACUUACAAGAUUUUUUCAGGGAGUUCAGAGACGGACAUCCUGCAGCCGAGCGCCCACGCUCUGUGUCGUCGUCUCCUGUAGUUUCCAGAUUGAUCAGGUGGAUGAAAAGUGGGGCGAUAGAGAGCGUGAAGGUUGACUUUUCAUUCGUCUGGUGUGACAUUAACAGCUGCCUCCAGAGUGAAACAGAAAGAGCUGUCAGGCAGAAAACCAGAUCAACACCGACAGGCCAAACCUGCAGCCUGUGAGGCAAAAUCCGGGGCAGAGUCCCAAACGGUGAACAUAGUUUAUACAGACCAAGAGGCAGAGGAAGAAGUUAGACAGAAGUUAAAUCAAAGUUAAGUUCAGAGUAAGUUUAUCACUUAUUCCAUAUCAGGUUCGACUCUUUUAUUCCUGUCUUUGGCUGAUUUUCUCCGUCUCCUCUCCAGCCGUUGUCAGACGCCGAUGCUGCGAGUCUGCCCACACACUUCCGUUCGUUCAGCAGCGUGGAAGAGUAUAAACUGGUAAAGUACACUUACCUGCAGCUUCAACACAGCGGAUACUACUGGGGAGCGAUGGCCAUGGAGAAGGCUCACAGUCUUCUCUCAAAGGCUCCUCCGGGCACCUUCCUCAUCCGGUAAAACUCUGAUUUUUCUGCAGCUUUGACCUUUAACCUCAGUGCUCUCCUUUUGCAGAUCACUCAUCUAACCUUAAUUGAACUUUUUGAAAGUUUUCACCAAGUCCUGGAUGUCUGUUCUUGGUUUAGUUGCUCCCUAAUAAUGUUAGAUAAGUUAUGGAUGACUGUCAAACAACUGCACUAUAACAUUAGCUUCAUUCAUUUGCGUUGGAUGUAUUGACGUCAUAGGUCCUUUAGGAAACAUCUUUAUGUUGCCGUGUCUCCUGAUGACCCAGGGCCACUCGAUGCCCCUUUUUAACUGCAUUUUAGACACUAAAUCCUGGAUGGCAGAGAACUUUUUACAGCUCAACCAGGACAGAACUUAGGUUUUAGUCAUCAGGACACGGGACAAGAGAGAGAAACUGGUCAGCAAACUCAAAGCAUUAUCCGAUAGUCCAGGAAAACCGGCUAAAAAUGUAGGUGUUAUUUGAUUCAGAGCUGAGUUUUGAACCACACAUACAAGGCAUUUUAUCACUUAAAAACAUAGCCCGAGUGUGACCGUUUCUCUCUCAAGUCAAUACAGAGACAUGAAUUCAUGCUUUUAUCACUUGAAGAAUAGUGCCCUCCUCUCUGGUCUCCCCAAAAAGAACAUUUCGCACCUGCAAUUACUCCAAAAUUCAGCUUCAGAGAGAGAGAUCACAUUACACCGAUUUUAAGGUCUCUGCAUUGGCUACUCGUCUCUUUUAGAAUCUAUUAUCUAUCUGAUCUGCUUUUACGUUCUGGGUCAGGUAGAGCCCUCAGGUCUUCAGGAAGUUCUCUGUUAACAUUACCUGAAGUUAAAACCAAGACAUAUGGGGAGACAUCUUUUUUUACUAUGGCCCCGUCUAUGGAACAGCUUACCUGAAGACCUGAGGACUGAAACUAAUCUUAAUGAUUAUAAAACCAAACUGAAAACAUUCCUUUUUAGUCUUGAUUUUAACUAAAUUUUAUAUCAUUAACUCUGUUUAAGUGUUUUUGCAUUUAUCUAUUCUAGUUUUAAUGACAGGAUCAUCUUUUAUUGAGCUAUUUUGGUGCUCUUAUUUUAGUAUCUUUUACUGUUUUUUUUUAUUUUGUUUUAUUUAUUAUUUCUUAAAUUUCCUUCUAUGUCACUGUUUUUAGAUUUUAAACCUCCAGUGUUUCCUCAGUGCACACAUUCCUGUUUAUAUGAAAUCAAGCCCUUUUUAAGUUAAUUCAUUUUAAUACUGUUUCUAUUGUGCUUAGAUCGCGGGGUGAGAAUGAGGGGUUGGGUUAGGGUAGAUUAGGGUUUUCUCUGUUUCUUUAAUGUUGUGACACCUGGUAUGACUGUGACUUUAACGUACUGUUCAUUAUGUUCAAUGGAGGCAUCAGAAACCAGACAGGACAGACACUGACUCGUUUUUUUGUUAUUGCAGAGACAGCGGCCAAUCGGAUGUUUUCUUCACUCUGAGUUACCAAAGCAGCGACGGGCCGACCAGCGUGCGGGUCCUGCUGAACAGUCUCCACUUCAGUCUGUACGGCAGCCACAGGACGUUCCCCUCUCUCUUUGCUCUGCUCACUUAUUACACCGGCUCGUCCUGUAAGCUCACGGCGCCCUAUCGUAAGCAGCGGCCGGAGCGCCUGAAGCAGAUGUGCAGGAGAGCUCUUUCCCGUGCAUUUGGAGCAGAAAAUAUGAGCGCCGUACCUGGACUCAGCAGUCAAGAUAAAGACUUUGUUCUUUCGUACCCUCACUGCAUUUAGGAGCCUGUGAGCAGACUUUAAAUGCAUCAACAUGUGGACUGAAAAAGUCACGUUUCUGUGGUUUUAAAAUGAUUUGCAUGAAUCAUGCAGAUUUAAGUUUGUUUUUUUUACAGAGUACAUAUGGUACAAGAUUAUCAUUAUUAUUUUAUUUUUAUUUUUAUAUCUUUUAUUGAUAGGAUAGGGUGAGCUAUGGGGGGAUAGGAAGAGAGGAGGACAUGCGGCACAUGGUCGGGGCCGGACUCAAAGCUGCGAUUACUGUGGGGACCGUGGUCCCCAUACAUGCGAGCUAACCUGCUCAGCCAUCUGCGCGCCCCCGAUCAUUUUGUAUUUUUAACACAUUAACUAUUUAUGUUUUAAGUACAUGUGUACAGCGGCUUGACCUUUACCCUCAUCAUCACGUCCGUCUGAUUCUCACAAAGGUAGUGUCUGCUGCUGUUUAGAGCUGCUAUAAUGACUAUUCAACCACUAGGGGGCAAUGAACAAAAUAAGAAAGAAGAAGUUAAAGCUGAAAUAUUAGCCACUGACCGGAGAACAAAAGGCCAGAGAUGGCCUGCCUCGUUUUAACACAAUCGUCUGUAUCUCUCAUAAGCAUUUCAAGCAGCUGUCGUUAACCUAGGAAAGGAUUCAGUUUUCAGAAAUCUUCAUGCAACACAUGGAGGAAUUUUUUGACUUUUGAGGGCAUAAGCUGUGUCCCAGUUCAGGAGACUGAAUACAUCACAGCGUCAAUGUGUCGAAGGCUUUCCUGUUUCAAACGGGCAAAACCCACAGGAUCCGGAACAGCUUUGCUCCGGCAUGGCAGGUGGAUCAAAUACACAAGCAUUGUAAUUGAUGUGUGUUAUUCCACAGAAUCCGUCUGCCGCCCGGCUCCGCUGCAGAUAAGCGCCGGCGGCCAGAUCAGAUACACAAGGCUUCUAUUUUUGCUGGACGCCGCAGCACGGCGCAUCAAUUCAGUGCAGCGCAACACGAGCAGCAGCAGAAGUUGUAUGUGGCGUCAGAGUAAAAUAUCCGGUUAGAUUUCAAAAUAAAAUAAAGUCAAAACGUUGAACUGUUCUUAGUUUGAUAAUAGGAGAGGACAGGGUUGGGAUGUGGGUGUUUAUACACACCGAUCGGCAGAUCUCAUUCAAUGUCUCACGGGAAAACACGCAAGAUCACGUGAGAUCUAUCAGUAAUAUCGCAAGAGCUUCUCCUCAGAUAGCUGCGGCGGAUCGGAUACAGUGGGCGCUAUAUGCUGGUGAUUGUGUUAGAAAUCCUCUGAAAGGUCGACUGUCUCAGUUCAGUUUGACCAGGACACAGCUCCAGACUGCUGAAAACAUGGAUGUGGUUUCAAUGACAGCACCCUUUUGUUCAGUCAUGCCUCUGAAAAUGCAUAGGCAUACAUAAUACUGCCUCUGGUGGAGACUUGAAGAACUGCAGUUUUUUGCAUUUCCAUUCUGGCUUAGUUUCUCAGCAUCAGAGGUUGCCAGUGGGUCUGGAGCUCCACAGUUUUCCAUGUUUUUUGUGCAGUUAUCUUCUUUUUGUGAUUUUUUGUUCCUCCUUCAUUUCUGUGUCCGGUUGACUGAGGAACAGCCGUGAAUUUCAAAUGAUGAAAACUCUUUGCAGAUUUCUCACAGGCAGGAGGUCCGUCCAUACUCCACAACCACUGACGCUACCAUGACUGAGCUCAGCUGAUGAACAGCCUCACAGGAUAGUAAAAAAAAUGGAGAAAGAGCCUUACACUUGCACAGAAACUUCACAUUGUGGUAUUAGUUACUCAAAACAAGUUUUUUACACAGGAGCAAAACUGAAACCCUUUUCUCUCUCAGGAAUCCCGAGCUUCUCAUUUUCAAAAUAAAAUCUGUCAUCUUUUACAAGAUUUCCUUAGACUAAAUAAGUCAGGAAUUACCUAAAGUAAGUUAGUGUUUUAUUUUAUUUUAUUCUAUUAGGCCAUUCUGAGCAAAGUCCUGGUCUACUUUUCCUCUCUCCUGGUCCAGAAGGUCAGGACACUUGACCUUUGUCCCUCUGACAUCUUAUAAUUUCAUAUUCUCAAUGUGAACUGAGAAAAACAGCUUUUAGGUUUUCUUUCACUGAACAAUCUUCAGACUGAGCGUAAACUCCAAACUCUGGUAACCUUCGGAGAGUCCACUCUCUCUCUCUCUGUGGGGUUUUCACUGAGGCUCCCUCUUUGCUGGUGUGAUGAAUGUAAGUGUGUUUGAAUGUUUACUGUCAGCCCUAGUUGAAUAAAUGUUAAAUAAAUAAA